UUGAUGCAUUAGAAGAAAUGGAGGGCAGAGAGAAGAGGCUUCCUCUGAAUAGCCUCCAUGUCCAAAAGCUGCUACUUAUCGUUAAUAGGUUACACGUGUUACUACACUCCACAGCUUUAGCCUUCAUGUUCUAUUACAGAGUCUGUUUUCUAUUCCAACCCACAGAAACAAGAGAAGGCCAUGAGUUGUUACCAUGGCUACUUGUUUCUGCUUCAGAAGCCAUUCUCUCUUUCCUUUGGGUCCUUGACCAAGCCUUUCGCUGGCGUCCAGUUUCACGAUCUGUCUUCCCAGAAAGAUUGCCGGAGGAUCACAAACUUUCUCCUAUUGAUGUGUUCAUAUGCACUGCAGAUCCAACUAAGGAACCCACUUUGGAUGUCAUGAAUACUGUAUUGUCGUCUAUGGCACUGGAUUACCCUCCAAACAAACUGCAUGUGUAUCUUUCAGAUGAUGCGGGCUCGCCUUUGACACUGCAUGGUAUGAGGGAGGCUUGCAAAUUUGCUAGGUGGUGGCUUCCUUUUUGUAGAAGGUACAAAAUAAACAACAGGUGCCCCAAGGCUUACUUUUCCGCCUUGGAGGAUAAUGCUCAUGCUGAUUUUGCAAGGAGUAGUUUGUACGUGGCAGAUAAGCAUACGAUUAAGGAAAAGUACGAGGCUUUUGAAGAAGCGAUAAAGACGUUUAGAAAAGAUAGUGCUUCCUCCCGAGAUCACCCAUCUCUCAUUGAGGUGAUUCAAGAAAGUACGAUAGAUGAUGUAGACAAUGUGAAAAUGCCUCUCCUUGUCUAUGUUUCUCGUGAAAAAAUGGCUUCUCAUCCCCACCAUUUCAAGGCUGGCGCCCUCAAUGUCCUCCUGCGUGUCUCUUGGGUGAUGAGUAAUUCGCCAUACAUUCUAGUUCUAGAUUGUGACAUGUUCUGCAAUGAUCCAACUUCAGCUCGAUAUGCCAUGUGUUUUCACCUUGAUCCAAAGAUAUCAUCUUCCUUGUCUUUUGUUCAAUUUCCUCAGAAAUUUCACAACAUUAGCAAGAAUGACAUCUAUGAUAGUCAGCUGAGAUCACUAUUUACCGUACAAUGGCAAGGUAUGGAUGGGCUUAUGGGACCUGUUAUGUCAGGUACAGGCUUUUACAUAAAAAGGGCAUCACUGUUUGGAAACUGCGAUAGCAAAGGAAGUGAUCUGCUGCAGCAAAAGGAUGAAUUCGGUUCAUCUAAUGAAUUCGGUUCAUCACUUGAUCGAGACUACACAAGUGAAUCGGUAUCUGAUCAGAAACAUACAUUGCUAGAAGAAUCUCACCUUUUGGCUUCUUGUAACUAUGAAAUUGGUACUAAAUGGGGAGAAGAGGUUGGUUUCUUAUAUUAUAGCGUAGUAGAAGAUUAUCUUACAGGAUUUAUGUUGCAUUGUAAUGGAUGGAGUUCAGUUUUCUGUGAACCAUCGAGGCCACAGUUCCUGGGUAAAGCUACAACGAAUUUGAAUGAUGUACUAAUCCAAGGCACUAGAUGGCACAGUGGUUUGUUUGAAAAUGGUAUAAAUAGAUUUUGCCCCCUUAUGUAUUGGCCUACAAGGUUGCCAUUUCUCCAGUGUCUAUGUUUUGCAUGGCUCACAUAUUUCCCUCUUUAUUGCGUGCCUCUUUGCUGUCUUGCUACGGUCCCUCAGCUCAGUCUACUAAAUGGAAUACCUUUAUAUCCUAAGGUUUCAGACCCUUUUUUCAUCGUCUUUGUGUUCAUCUUCCUGUCAGCUCUUGUAAAACAUUUACUAGAAGUCUCUUUAACUGGUGGUACACUCCAUAAGUGGAUCAAUGAACAGAGGAUCUGGAUGAUGAAAUCUGUCACUUGCAAUCUACAUGGAUGUUUGGAUGCACUGCUAAAGAAAUUUGGUAUAAGAGAAGCUACUUUCGUGCCCACUAAUAAAUUAGAAGAUGAUGAACAAACUCUGUUAUAUCAAAUGGAUAAAUAUGAUUUCCGAGCAUCAAAUAUCUUUAUAGCACCUAUGCUUUUUCUCAUCACUGUCAACAUAUAUUGCUUAGUGGGAGGAGUCUACAGAGUGUUCUUGGUCGGUGACUGGGACAAAUUGUUUAUACAGCUUUUCCUUGCAGUUUUUAUAGUUACUGUCAACUAUCCCCUCGUUGAAGGGCUCUUAUUACGGAAGGACAAGGGACGCAUUUCAAAGUUGGUAGCUAUACCUGUUAUAUUGCCUACUCUUGCUCUUUUGGCGUUUUUUAACCUACUAGGAAAUGCAUAAUAUGCUCUGCUGGCUAUAAGCAUUCCAUUUUUAAUGUUAGUUUAAUAUCUGUGUACAAUUUUCAAUAAGUUAAAAGAUAACAAUAUUGUCGUUGUAAAUUAUUUUCUCUUCACCUUGGAUCUUCCUGUCCUCAACAUCAUUGCAAAUGUACAAGAGAAUGGAAAUGGUGCAUCUGCAUAACAUUGAAAUGUC